AUGUCACUGAACGAGAAUGAGCUGUCGCAGCUCCGCGAGUCUCUGCAGGAUGCUGUCGUCAAGUGCUCCGAGCGGUGCCUGGCCGCAGAGCUUCUCAACGCCAUACCCGAGCCUUCGAACGACGCCGACCCUGCCGUUACUGAUACCCAGCACAUCCCGACGGUCUUCACCGUGAACGCUGACCCCGAGGAAGCCCUCCUCGAGGCCAAAGAGAUCAACAAAUACCUGCUGGCCAAGACCCUCUUCGACUCAAGGGAGUUUGACCGCUGCGCCGCCGUCUUCCUACCCGAUUCUAUACUAUCCGGUGUUCUGAGCUCCAAUGCAGAUGGACCGCCGGGGGCGUCCAAGGGGAAGUCAAAGUCAAAGACGAGAGGGGACGCCGAGACGACGAGAAAAGCCGGCGGCAGCAGCACUGAGCUGCCCCGGCUCAGUCAGAAGAGCUUGUUCCUUGCCUUGUACGCAAAGUUCAUGUCCGGGGAGAAGCGCAAAGACGAGGAUUCGGAGAUGGUCAUGGGACCCCAGGACCUAGGCAACAUCGUCAAUAAGCAGUUGAAUGCUGUCAGCCGGUUCCUCAGCAACUGGUUCGACGAGCGGACGACGGAUGACGGGGAUAUCCUCGGCAGCCAGGGUUGGCUGGAAUACCUAUAUGGCAUGGUUCUCGCAAAGGAGAAGAACGAGGACAAGGCGAUGGAUUACUUUGUGCGAAGCGUCCACCUGUACCCUAUGAACUGGGGCUGCUGGCUGGAAAUGACCCAACUCAUCUCCCGGAUAGACGAUUUGAGUCGGAUUGCCGAGCACCUCCCGCAAAACAUAUUGUCCUUCAUCUGGCACCUCUACACCUCGCUCGAGCUCUACCAGGCUACACCCGAGCUCGCCAACUCGUUGGACUCACUACUCGGAAUCUUCCCAAACUCAUCCUUUCUUCUCACAUGCAACGCCAUGCUGUCAUAUCAUUCAAAAGACCUCGUUGCCGCUGAACAACAUUUCAGUCGAUUGCUGUCACUCCACCCCCACCGACUAGAGUCACUAGAUCACUACUCCAACAUUCUUUACGUCAUGAAUCUGAGGCCAAAACUUGCGUUCCUUGCGCACCUCUGCUCGAGCAUCGACAAGUUCCGGCCAGAGUCUUGUGUAGUGGUGGGCAACUACUACUCACUAUUAUCUAUGCACGAAAAGGCAGUGCAGUAUUUCCGGCGAGCGUUGACUCUUGACCGGACAUGCCUCUCAGCAUGGACACUAAUGGGUCACGAGUACGUGGAGCUGAAGAAUACCCACGCCGCAAUAGAAUCGUAUCGACGCGCCGUCGAUGUCAAUCGCCGGGACUACCGAGCUUGGUACGGCCUUGGCCAGACGUACGAAAUGUUGGAAAUGCACACCUACAGUCUAUGGUACUACAAAAAGGCAGCCGGGCUUAGGCCCUGGGAUGGAAAGAUGUGGCUCGCCGUUGGAUCGUGUCUGCAGAAGAUGGGGCGCGACCAGGAUGGUAUCAAGGCGCUGAAAAGAGCUUUGCUGGCAGACGCGUACUACGACGUUGGAAGCAGCUUCGGAAGCGGAGGGGAUUUGCUCAACGGCCGUGGCGCGACAGGUCAUCUGGACCCGGAGCUGCUCUUCCAGAUUGCAAGCAUGUACGACCAGCUCGGCGAAGAGGAGGAAUCAAAAGCCUACAUGGAACUUUGUCUCGCUCAAGAGGGCGGGGAAGCCGCGGACAAUGUCUUGAACGAUUCGAUCGCCAUACACAACGACUCGCCAGGCGCAUCUGACGACGAGGGUAACGGUGAUGGUCGCAAGGAGGGCGGGAACGAGGGAACUGGUGUCACGGCGUCGACGAGCAAAGCGCGAAUGUGGCUCGCGAAGCAUGCCAUGCGGACGGCGGACUACAAGACGGCCAAUCGACUGGGGACUGAAUUGACACAAGAUGGCUUCGAAGUUGAGGAGGCCAAGGCUUUGGUAAGAGAGGCUCGGGUACGCAUUAGGAAUGCGGAAUUAGGCAUCAGUCCCUGA